AUGUCCAAUCUCAUCGAAGGACUUUUCCAUACCAUCCAAGGUAUCUUCCAAAGUAUCUUCGCUGUCAUUCAAUCAUUCUUCAACAUCAUCUUCUCUCUAGUCCAUGGUGUCACUUCGUUAAUUUGGAAUACACUUGAGAGUGUUGCGGAAUUCAUUGGAGCUUCAGUUCAUUUCGUCAUUUCGAACAUUGUGAUCCUCGGUUUGAUCGCUGUUGGAUUAGUCAUUUACAAUGAUAGGAAUAAGAGGGGUACGUUGGGUAACGAUUUCAAGAAGAAGGCCCAAUGA